UAUCUAAACAAAGAUUUGUAACAUCAGGUAAAGCGGUCCAUAUAUAAUGAAUGAUUUCUUGUGUGUAGGAUUUCUUGUGUUCAAUGACACUGGAACCGACGCUUCAAAUUUGUUACGAUAUAAUUGAUUGAGUGCUAUCUUUAGUUUUUGAAUCUUUGGUUGAAUGUGAAAGUGAGAUGCCUGAACUUUUUAAUGUCUAUUUCUCUGAUUAUUUAUUACCUCCAUGGUUAAACUGCAGGUGCCAACUUGAAUGAUAAAAAGUCACUGGCCUAACUCCGUAUUUGCUUUAUAAAUAAUUACAAUUAGCAAUUUCGUAAUGCAUCAUACGGCAUCGAAAGUAAAGGUAAAAAAUAGGAGAAUAGCCUUAAACUCCUAGCGUAAUUGUGCUGAAUUGCGUAUGGGCGUGGUCCGUGACUACCAAGCGGCCGUAAAGAUGCGCUUUAUAAGUUAUUAGUACAUAUUCACAUCAUUCCACAACGACAGGGGCUGAAAUGAACCAUCGGAAUUGGGGUAACGCCCUACUCUUCGGAAAGGUGUGUGCAAUGUGUUCUUUAAAGUGCACAAGAUCCAGAUGUGUACAUUGGACAUCCAUUUUAAGUCAUUAUUAUCCGAAAAGACUUGGACGAACCGUGGACGAGGAUCGGCUCGAACCAGCACCGAUGUCUAAAAUGCAUUCAUGAUGUACUCAAAAAUAUUUAUACUGAGAUCCCCCGACAAUUCAGAAAAAUCUAAACAAAAUACAAUUGAACAAAGUUAAAAUUUAAACAAAUCCGAAGCUUUUCAAUGACUGCUUAUUAAAGUCAGACUCUGAAGGAAAAAAAAAUGUUGAUAUGUUGUAGAUCUGACUUUAAACUCAUUGAGGCCCUUAAGAGGCGGGCCUCUUGUCCACAGCUAAUGUAAUGGGAGAGCCACACCUAAUAUCAUACGGACUUCAAAGAUUUUAAUUUGGUAACUCCAUGUAAAAUUAAUAAAGCAAAUAAAUAAAUAAAUAUAAAUAAAGUGUCAUUGAAUAUGUUUUAUAAGUCAAUGCUUAAUCAUUCACCAAGAUUUCUUGGUAAAUUCCUUGCGAUAUAAAUAGUUCGACCUGUUAGUCAUCUAUUUGUCUGUUCUUAGAAUAGAAAAUGUGUUGCACAAAGUAAAGCCACAGUACCGGUGUUUUUGGAAAUUUAGGGCUUAUGUCUGUCCAUAAGACAUGCUGGUCUUUCAAGCGUCAUUUCGAAUACAUUAGUUCCUUUUCGGAUUCUUUCGAGAAGCAUUAACUUUCUCAAUCACUGUCGGCAUUUGACGUAUUCUAGCACCCUUCAUUGCGUUGUUCAAUUGUCUUUAUGGCUGAUAUGGGUGAUCGAGGAUGCUGGUGUGUAAAUGGAGGCACUUGUUCCUCGUCCGGGCUUUGCAUUUGUCCCACUGGAUUUAAAGGAACCACUUGUCAAUUUGACACUGAUCCUUCCAAUAGCGUAGUUUCCAGAACCUUUGAAAUUGUCAUCGUGAUUGCCACAUGUAUUUUUUUCUGUAUAAUUACGGUCUUUUUUUGUCUGUUUAAAUGGAACAAGUUCAAGCGACGACUGGAGAAUGAAGGAAUUUCAUUGGAUACACUCAGCAUUCAUCUGAUAAUGUGUUUUCUUCGUUACAUAUCACCUGUUGAGUUGUCGGAAUCGCGGAGCAGCUUUCCGCAGAGUCCUUCAGGUUCUCGUUUCAGUGUCUUGUCACCUCUUGCCCAAUUAUGGACGUCUCGCGGUAACCAAUCGUUGGAUCAUUUGUCGUCCGGUUUACCAGUUCUACCAGUCACAAUAUCACCGCUUGUAACAGCAGAGGUAUAGGUAGAUAAGGCAGAACAUCCAAGUACUCC